AUGUUUUAUUUCAGUUUGUCAAGAGUCAGCCUAGUCAGAACUCCAGGUAGUCUGUUAGUUCGUUGUCAGCAACAAUUCAAACGAAAGUUCGCCAUGCAAUCUUUAAAUCUUAAGCCAGAGUUUAAGGAUGAAUCACUCCUUCGCAAGGGAAGUUAUGUAAAUGGGAAGUGGAUAACUGAAGGUGAAGAUUACUUUGAAGUUACUGACCCGGCCAACGGUGCGCUUAUCUCAAAACUUCCAAACCAUGAUGUUGGCGUUGUGCAGGAAGCGAUUAAAGCCGCUAACUCCACUUUCAAGACUUAUAAGAAUAUGCCGCCAAAGGAUAGAGCACAGUGUUUGAGGAGAAUGUAUAGUUUGAUGAUGGAGAACAUCGAUGAUCUAAGUGCGCUUAUUACUUGGGAGAACGGCAAGCCUUUGAACGAUGCGAUCAACGAGGUGCGUUAUGCGGCAUCAUUCUUCGAUUGGUUUGCAGAUGAGGCCUUGAGGAUGUAUGGCACUACAAUUCAGCCUGCAAACCCCACCAGCCGCGCCUUUACGAUAAGACAACCGGUGGGUGUUUGUGGGAUUGUAUGUCCUUGGAAUUUCCCUGCCGCGAUGAUAUCAAGAAAAGCAAGUGCGGCGUUAGCAGCUGGUUGUACGGUUGUUUUGAAGCCAGACCCUCAAACUCCGUUAUCUGCGUUGGCUCUGGCGCACUUAAUUGAGAAGGCUGGGUUCCCAGCAGGUGCAUUCAAUAUUGUUGUUACUCAGAAGCAUACUGCUGAAGUGGGGCUGGCCCUAUGUGAGUCCCCAUUGGUUAAGAAGAUUUCGUUUACUGGCUCCACUGCUGUUGGUAAAAUCUUGAUGAAGCAGUCAGCUUCCACUAUGAAAAAGUUAUCGUUUGAACUUGGAGGUAAUGCACCUUUAAUUGUUUUUGAUGACGCCGAUGUGGACUAUGCAAUUGAACAAGUUAUCGCGUGUAAGUUUAUAAGUUUGGGCCAGACUUGUGUUUGUGCAAACCGGUUGUAUGUGCAGCGUGCCGUUGUUGAAGAGUUUUCGGAGAAGUUAGCGAAGAGGGUACGUGGGUUCAAGAUUGGUCAUGGACUUCACAAAGACACCACCCAUACUUGUUUGAUUAACACCAACGCUGUGGCCAAGGUGGAGAGGCAUGCUCAAGAUGCUAUCUCUAAGGGUGCGGAAAUUGUUGUUGCUGGUGGUCGUCUCCCAGAAAUCGGUGAGAACUUCUAUGCUCCAACGAUCUUGAAAAACGUCAGACCGGAUUCGCAGGUAGCACAUGAAGAAACAUUCGGACCAUUGUGUGCCAUCAUACCUUUUGACACUAUGGAGGAAGUAGUUGGUUAUGCCAAUGACACUCCGUUUGGUCUCGCGGCAUAUGUGUUCUCCAAUAAUAUCAAUACCCUAUACACUGCCAUGGAAUCGCUUGACGCAGGAAUGAUCUCCUGUAAUACAGGGAUCUUCAGAGAUGCUGCUGUUCCUUUUGGCGGUGUAAAGGAGUCUGGCUUUGGCAGAGAGGGAUCUUUGCACGGCAUUGAUGAUUACACUGUCUUAAAGACAGUUAUCCUUGGUGGACUACCAGAGAGGUUGUGA